CUGGUUUUAAAAUUAUACAAUUUUAUACUUUUUUUUAAAUUAUACAUAUACAAGAAAAGCAAUAAUUGUGUCCGACAAGUGCUUUUUAUAAUUUUAAGAUGAAGUUGUUAUGGAAACGUAAAACUUUAUAACAAUAAACUUUGAAUUGUUUUAAUGAAUUACAUAUCCUAACCUAUAAAUGACAAACGAACAAUCAGAAUUUGUAAAUAAAUAGUAUAUAGUUUGUAAAAAACAAGACAUUUUAAAUGGCUGAAAAUGAUAUUGGUUCUCGUAAACUUCAUCAAUCACUGUUAAGCACCAGUAAUCUGGAAUGUAAGAAUCUGUAUGAUUAUUUGAAAACUCGACCCCAAAAUAUAUUAGAAAAGCUCUACAAUCAUCCAACAAUAUGUUUAGCUGUGUACAGAGAACUACCCGAAUUAGCAAGACAAUAUGUGAUACGAAUCUUAUUUGUAGAGCAACCAGUCCCACAAGACAUGGUUGCCUCAUGGGGUUCACAAGCCUUUUCCAAAGAACAUGUAUAUGUAAGUAAAGUAUUAACGGAGCUCUCAGUAUGGCAAGAAGCUGCAAUACCUGGUGGCUUACUUGGAUGGAUUUUAUCACCUACUUUCAAGAGAAAUUUAAAAAUAGCACUUCUUGGAGGGGGGAAACCAUGGAGUAUGUCAUCAGCAUUAGAGGCCGACAACAAAGCCAGAGACGUGUCGUUUCUUGACACAUAUUCUCUAGGUCGUUGGGAAUGCGUCUUGCAUUACAUGGUUGGUUCACAGCAACAGGAAGGAAUCUCUGCAGAUGCUGUCAGAAUUCUCUUGCAUGCUGGACUUAUGAGAAGGGACGAGGAUGAUGGCAGUCCUGUUAUUACACGACAGGGAUUUCAGUUCCUAUUGCUGGAUAGGCAGGCACAAGUCUGGCAUUUUAUACUGCAGUACCUGGACACAGUUGAACAAAGAGACCUGGAUUUGGUCGAAUGUUUAACAUUCCUUUUUCAACUUAGUUUCAGUACAUUAGGAAAGGAUUAUAGUACCGAAGGGAUGAGCCCAGGUUUAUUGGUAUUUCUUCAACACCUGAGAGAAUUUGGUUUGGUUUACCAAAGAAAAAGAAAAGCGGGUCGAUUUUACCCAACAAGAUUGGCAUUAAAUAUAACAAGUAGUAAUAAUAAGGGGUCACCCACAAUAGAUGAAGAUACACCAAAAGGCUACAUCGUAGUCGAAACGAAUUACAGGCUGUAUGCUUACACAGAUUCUAAUCUCCAAGUGGCCUUGAUAGGGCUCUUUACUGAACUGAUGUAUAGGUUUCCAAACUUAGUAGUAGGCGUGAUAACCAGAGACUCAAUAAGACAGGCCCUGCGGGGUGGCAUCACUGCCGACCAAAUAAUAGGCUACCUCAGGCAGCACGCGCACUCCCAGAUGAUCCAGCAGGAGGGCAAGAACCCGCUGCCGCCCACCGUCGUCGAUCAGAUCAAGCUGUGGGAGCUGGAGCGGAACCGGCUCACGUACAGCGAGGGCGUGCUCUACAGCCAGUUCCUCUCCUCGGCGGACUUCAAUGUGCUCAAGCAGUACGCGCAGAAUAACGGCCAGCUGGUCUGGUGCAACAAAGACAAGAGGACGUUGGUGAUUAAAAAGGCGGCGCACGAUGACGUGAGGAAGUUCUGGAAGCGAUUUUCCAAGGGUACAUAGAACUGACACACACACACCUCUUUAGUAUUAAUUUUCUUAUUAUGAUUAUUAUAUUUGUCCUUUUAAGAAUAAAGUAAUGUUUCUUUUUA